AAUCUACUCCUCUUCAAUUUGAUUACAGCUUCCUGGAUCUUUGUUCGGCGUUGGAUUUGCGGUUGCAACUCUCUACAAGCGCCAACAUACUUCCUUCCUCUUCCUCAUUCAAGUCAACGCAUACAAUGGCUAUCAUCAAAAUAUCCUCGCUUGUUACCAUUGUGGCCUCUGUCGCCAAUGUUGCCGCCCACGGACAUGUUGACUGGCUCAUUACCAACGGCGUGGCUUACAGAGGCUAUGAUGCUCCGGCCUUCUCUUGGAAUCCCAACCAUGACCCUGUAGUUGGCUGGACCAUUGGGGCUACAGAUAAUGGUUACGUUGAGCCUAACAGCUUCGGUGAACCUGAUAUUAUCUGCCAUAAGGGUGCCAAGGCAGCGCGAGGUCAUGUCACUGUACAGGCGGGAGAAAAGAUCAACCUGAAAUGGAACACAUGGCCUGAGUCUCACAAAGGACCGGUUAUUGACUACUUGGCCAAGUGCCCGGGUAACUGCGAGGAUGCAGACAAGACGCAGCUGGAGUUCUUCAAGAUCAGUGUUAGCGGACUGAUUGACAUGUCUCUCCAGAGCGGGAAGUGGGGGGCCGAUGUCCUCGUUGCAAAUGGUUUCUCCUGGACGGUCCAGAUUCCCGCCAACCUGGCUGCGGGAAACUAUGUUUUGCGGCAUGAGAUCAUUGCCCUCCACGGCAGUGGCCAACCAAAUGGUGCCCAGAACUAUCCCCAGUGCUUCAACAUCAAAGUUACCGGCGGCGGCUCUCUGGCUCCGGCAGGCGUCAAGGGCACGUCGUUGUAUAAGUCAAACGACCCCGGUAUUUUGUUCAACCUCUACACCACACCACUGUCGUAUACAAUCCCCGGCCCAACUCUUGUUUCUGGCUUGCCAUCUACGGUUGCCCAAGCCGCCACUAGUGCAUCUGUCACGUCCAGUGCCACGGUGCCAGGCCAGAGUCAAGGCAGCAGCACAACCGCUUCGCAAACCUCGUCUUCUGCCCCGAAUUCGAAUGUCCAGUCAACUUCGACCACGUCAAUAGGCGCUGGGGUCACUACCCUCAGAACCACGACAACGACGUCAAGCAUCGCAUCUGCAACCUCAACCGAGGGCAUCAUUUGUGGGCCAAUCAGUGGAGGGUUGCCCAAAUACAGCCAAUGUGGUGGCAAGGACUACACAGGGCCUACAGUGUGCGCGUGGGGUUCUACAUGUCAAGUGUUGAACCCGUAUUACUCUCAGUGUCUUUAGUUGUGCUAGGGGUGUCUGGGUUCAGUUAAUGCUUUGGGGUUAUCUAUCGUUAAUGAGUGUGAAUAACAACGAUGAAAUUGAUUACAA